AUGAAAUACAGAACAUAUUUAUUUGUAGGAACUGUAUUGAUGGGUUUGUUCUUUUCGAAAAAAAGAAUAUCAGGUGGUACUACUGAAGAUGAUUGUGCCGGUGUUUCACAGGAAAUCAUAGAUAAUUGUGUAUUUUGCAAUAUAAUAAAAGAUAAUACAAGAGUUAUUCAAUAUCAAGAUGACGAUGUAGUUGUAUUUAGUGAUAGAACACCGAAAGCAUCGACACACCUUCUCGUAAUACCGAGAAGACAUAUAAAGUCAGUGAAAACACUUAAACCAAGUGAUUUACCAACUGUUUUGAAAAUGAAAGACAUUGCACAGACUAUUGCUAACAGAGAUUUCAGUGGGUCUGCAUACCGACUUGGAUUCCAUAUACCACCUUUCUAUAGUAUACCACAUCUUCAUUUACAUCUACUUGUCGAACCGUUUACACCAACAAGAAAACGAUUUAAUUAUACACCUCAUCUGGGUGGUCUAUGGUAUAAAUCAGUCGAUACAAUCAUUGAAUCAUUAUCAAAAGAUCAUAUUGUAUAG